CGUGAAGACGGCCGGUUACAUUCACAGAAGUGUACAAAGGAAACCUCGAUAGUCGUCAUCAACCAUCGAUGUUUUCUCCACCUCUAUUUUCCAUCUAAUUGUAGUUUAAGCUGAAUAUUAAGCGAAAUGAUUGCUGUAGAUGAAACAAUUAGUAUAGAAAUCAAAGGAAAUGAUACAUCCACUGACGACCUAAAGCUGCGCCCAAUAAAUUGCGAGUUAAAUCCUCUAACCCGCCCGGAUGCAUCAGCUUUAUUUACGCAAGGAGAUACAUGCGUUCUUUGUUCAAUGCUCGGCCCAGUGGAAGUGAGAUCCCAAAACCUUAACAUAGAAAAAGCCCACGUGGAAUGUAUUUACCGACCAAAAGCUGGCAUACCUACAAUAGAAGACAAAUUGAGGGAGAGUAUUAUUCGUGAUACUUGUGAAUCGGCACUACUGACCACGUUGCACCCUCGUACAACCAUUUCAAUACAAAUACAAGAAUUGGAUAAUAGAUGUGGACUUGAAGCAUGUGCAAUAAACGGAGCAUGUCUGGCUUUGCUCAUUGGCGGGGUGCCCAUGAAAUUUACCAUUGCUGCAGUGCACUGUAUUGUAGACAAGGAUGACAAAGUUGUACUUGAUCCGGAUCAUUGUAAAGCUAUUGGCAAACGUGCUGCUUUUAUAUUUGUGUUUGAUAGUUUGGAAAAGCAUUUAGUAACAGUUCAUACCAGCGGUCGUUUUCGAAUGUCGCAGUUUAACGAUGCUGAAUGUAUUAGUCGGGCGGCGAGUCAGAUUAUAUUCAAUUUUUACCGGCGUAUUAUUUCAAACUUCCACAAUAAAUCAUUGUUGACAGCCGAUACUAAAUCUAGAAACAGAGAAGCCGAGCCGAUCAUCAAAGGAGAACCCAUUGAAUUAUAAACCUAAAGAAAUUUUAUAUAUAAAAAAGGUAAUUGUAACAUAAACCAACAAGUUUUUUACAUCUUUAUUGUGCUUUAUCGCUA